AUGGAUACAUCUUUGUACUUCUGUGCAGCUGGUAAGUUGGUGAAUAAUAAGAUUUCCUGGAGGGGGGAUUCUGCUUUGGGAGAUGGAAAAGAAGAAAAUUUGGAUCUGACAAAAGGAAUGUAUGAUGCUGGGGACUUAAUGAAGUUUGGAUUUCCCAUGGCAUUCACUGCAACAAUUUUGUCAUGGGCCAUACUCGAGUAUGGAGACCAAAUGAAACAAGCAAAGGAACUGGAUCAUAUCCAAGAAUCUCUAAAAUGGAUCACUGAUUAUCUCAUUAAUGCACAUCCAUCUGGCAAUGUGCUCUACAUUCAGGUUGGUGACCCUGAGUUGGAUCACAAAUGCUGGGAAAGACCUGAAGUGAUGAUAGAAAGAAGACCUCUAAUACAAGUGAAUACAACUUAUCCUGGAACAGAUGUUGCAGCAGAAACUGCGGCGGCUAUGGCAUCUGCAUCUUUGGUGUUCCGUAAAAAGAACUCUGCGUACUCCAAGUUGCUCCUCAAGCAUGCCGAGCAAUUGUUUAAUUUUGCAGACACUUACAGGGGUACUUAUAGUAUCAGCAUCCCAGGAGUGCAGAAGUAUUACAACUCUACAGGAUAUGGUGAUGAACUCUUGUGGGCGGCUGCUUGGCUUUACCAUGCUACAGGAGACCACUCAUAUCUUACUUAUGUGACAGUCAAAAAUGGGAAUUCAUUUGCUAAUUGGGGAAUGCCGACAUGGUUUUGCUGGGACAACAAACUAGCUGGCACACAGGUUUUACUAUCGAGAGUAAGUUUCUUUGGUUCAAAAGAUAUCCUAGGUGCAGAAAAUAUUGCCCUCCAGCUGUAUAGAAAGACUGCUGAGGCUGUUCUGUGUGGGCUUUUACCAAAUUCCAGAACACCUACAUCUCAAAGAACAGACGGUGGCCUUAUAUGGGUGUCAGAGUGGAAUGCACUGCAAUAUUCUGUUGCCUCUGCAUUUCUAUCACUCGUUUAUAGUGAUUACAUGCAAACCUCACAGACAAAAACCCUGUACUGUAAUGGAGAGCUUUACCAGCCAAAUGACCUUCGCAAGUUUGCUCUUUCACAGGCAGAUUACAUUUUAGGAAGCAAUCCGAUGAAGAUGAGCUACCUUGUUGGUUAUGGAAGCAACUACCCACAAUAUGUACAUCACAGAGGCGCCUCAAUCCCGAGAUAUGCAAACACAGGCUGCUCCGAUGGGUUUAAAUGGCUUAAUUCGACAGACCCUAAUCCAAAUUUGGCAAUUGGAGCACUUGUAGGUGGACCAUUCCUAAAUGAUACCUAUUCAGACUCCCGGAACAACUCUCAGCAAGGUGAACCGACGACUUACAACAGUGCUUUAAUUGUUGGUCUCCUUUCGGGACUCAUUACCACUUCAUCGGUAGCUCAAUCUUUCACAUAAACUCGUGUGCACACCAUUCGUGUCACGGGCCGAACCAGCACCCGACAAGCCCUUGCGGCCGCCGUGCUAACCUGGAUCCGCUCGUGCUCAAGAUUUUUGGAUCCAACACUGUCUAGUGUACGUAGAAUUGUACAUUGUAGAAGCAUUGAAAUGCUAUACCUAGCAACAUGGGCAGCUUUGUGGGAUUGGUAUGAGUCUGUCUUUGAAAUUAAAGCUCACUACUCUAAAGAGUAUUGUCUCUAUCAUUUGUUUGUGGACACAAAAGAGGAAGUUCAAUUAUCUGACCGAAUUGAACUACAAUCCCACGGAAAUAAGUAUCUAUUAAGAAA